AUGCAAGAGCUAGCUUGGGAGAACAUGUUGGAAAUGUUGAUAGUGACCACAAUUAUGCUGCGAGAAAAUAUAGCAUAUAAAAACCAACGACAAAGUGUGGAGCACAUAUUUACUCAGCAUUCUUCUCACGCAGAGGUUGCUUAUCGUACUCGAUUGACAGCAGUAUUGGAUGUUAUUCGAUUCUUACUCAAACAAGGAUUAGCUUUUCGAGGACAUGAUGAGUCGAAUGAUUCAUUGAGUAGAGGCAACUUUCUUGAGUUACUCCAAAGGGAUUGUGAGCAUUAUGAAGAGAUUGCAAAGGUGUUAAAUAUUAAUGCUCCAGAUGACUCGCCAAGUAUUCAAAAAGAGAUAGUGAAUGCUUGUGCAGAAGAAGUGAGAACUACUAUUAUUAAGAAUAUUGGAGAUCGUUUUUUCACACUCAUGGUUGACGAAUCCCGCGAUAACUCUUUGAAAGAACAAAUGGCUAUUAUGGUGAGAUAUGUUGACGAUCAUGGAGAAAUCCUUGAGAGGUUUCUUUCAGUUGAGCAUGUAGCAGAUACUUCAUCACAUACUUUAAAGGAAGCUAUUGACAAGUUUUUUGCCAAGUAUGGACUAUCAAUAUCUAGACUGCGAGGACAACUUCAAUUGGUAGUUAUUGCAGUUGCAAAAACAUUACCGAUUGUAGAGACUUCAUUUAGCUAUUUAUCCAUAAUUGUUAACACUGUUGGAGCUUCCUGUAAAAGAAAAGAUGCACUCAGACAAAGCCAACAUGAUCAUAUUGUCACACAAUUAGAAAAUGGUGAAAUCUCUUCGGGAAGAGGGAUGCAUCAAGAGACAAGUCUUGCAAGACCUGGAGACACGAGGUGGGGUUCUCAUUACCGUACGGUACUGCGUAUAUUGGCGAUGUGGCCUUCAGUAAUGGAAGUGCUUGGAUAUGUUCAUGAUGAUGCAAUUGGUUCAAAGGAUAGAGGUGCAGCUUUGGGUUUGCUUGAGCGAAUGGAAAAUUUUGAAUUCGUGUUCACCUUGCGCCGUUUAGCCGAUUUCUUGCGUAAGCUGUCUGGAUCGGAGACAAUCAUUUUCUAG